AUGAAAGCCCUUGCGCGAAGAGGCAUUGGGAUUCAGAAGCGGAAGGCUGAUGUUUUGACGCGUAGCCAGGAGGAAAUACUAUGGGAAAUGGGGAUCCUUGGAGAAGACACGCCGCAAAAACUACCAGCAAAUUGUAGCCCAUUCUACCUACGACCCCUCAAGUACCAGAGACCGGAUGUGUGGUAUUGCGCCUCACCCAUUGGCAGGCAGACGCUAGGAGGGACCGUGCGAAGACUCUGUGGAGCUGCGGGAUUUGAGGGCUACUAUACUAAUCAUUCAUUACGAGCAACCACAGCAACCCGGUUGUAUGAGAGCGGGCUUGAUGAGCAGCUAAUUGCCGAGCGGACGGGUCACAGGUCAUCUGCUAUCCGAGGAUACAAGCGAACAAGCGAGGAAAUGCUGCAGGUUGUCGACGAUGUCGUGCAGGGUAAAGUGUCUAAUAAUGUAGACACCCGUCCUCUCGCACCGAAAUUCUUUGUGGCGUCCUCGUCACCAUCGACGUCCGUGACGGCAAAACGUUUCCAAACGCUUCCCAACAUCGGAGCCGUCUCCACAGCCGGUGGAUCAGCGGAAAGCACCGUUGCCAACGUCUCGAAUGCUCCCAUUAGCUUCACGGUGGAAAGAAGCGGAGCUAAAGUCACAUUCCAAAUGUAAACAUCUGGUUGGAGUGACUGAAUAGAAUAAAGACUGAAAUAACAUC